AUGUUUAGCGCGAACCGACAACCGGGCCAGGAACCAGCGCAGAGCGCAGGCAGCGGUGCCCCAAACAGCACCGGAGCAGGCGCCAACGAUGGCUCCAGCGCAUCGCCGCUCCCGCAAUUGUGGAUGGGCGAGCUCGACCAAAGGUGGGAUGAAAUUACAAUCCGCCAAAUUUGGGCUGCGCUACUAGGCCCAAUGGGAAUCACAAUCCAUUCCGUCAAACUCAUCAGGGAUAGGCAGGGUUCCCAAAUGGGACUAUCGAAUGCCGGUUACUGCUUUGUGCGUUUUUACAACUAUGAAGAUGCUUCAAAAGUGCUGACAAUGUUUAAUGGCAAGCCAAUUCCUGGGAGCGCAGGCCGCCGCUUUUUUCGGCUUAAUUGGUCUUCCGCAAACAUACAGGCUGCCGCCGCAACCUCGACGCGGCUUCCGGAGUCCGCAGCCCCCGAAUUUUCCAUAUUUGUGGGUGAUUUGCCGCAGGGAAUUACCGAACAUCUCCUAUAUGAGACAUUUCAUGCGCGCUACCCGUCGUGCGCCAGCGCCAAAGUCAUGAUUGAUCAAAAUACCGGCCGCGUGCGGGGAUUUGGCUUUGUGAAGUUCUUUGGCAAUGCGGAGCGCCAGCGCGCGCUCACCGAGAUGCAGGAUUAUGUGCUUCUUGGGCGGCCGAUCCGUGUGUCGCCGGCGACGCAUCCGUCACAGAGUUUGCGCAAGCCGCAUGGCGCGACUGCGCCGAUCCCAAGGGGCCCGAGAGGCGCAAAUGGCGCAGGUAGCGCAGGUAGCGCGAGCAGCAACGGCGCCACCGGCGCAAUUGGCGCACCCCAGUAUGCGCAGUUUGCCAAGAUGCCCGUGCAGCAGCCAGCGCCCGACCAGUACUACAGCGACCCAUCCAACACAACAGUCUUUGUGGGUGGCCUGAAUGUUCCAAUUACGGAAGCGCAGCUUCAAGAGCUAUUUGCAAAAUUUGGCGAUAUCACAUACGUGAAAAUCCCAGUGGGGAAGAAUUGCGGAUUUGUGCAAUUCUACCACCGCGCCAGCGCAGAGGCGGCAAUCACAGAAAUGCAAGGAUACGAUAUUGGCGGUGGGUGCCGCAUCCGAGUCAGCUGGGGUGCGCGUGCAGCGCAGCGGCUCUGGUUUGCACGCCAGCUCCAGCAGCCGCAGCCGCAGCUGAUGGUGAACCCUGCGGACUCGCUUGGGCUUUGCGGGGCAUUAACGGAUGCGGAUGACAUACAGCGCGUGCCGUACGCCGUUGGAAUGCCGGGCGGCGCAGUCAGCGCAAGUGGCGCAAGUGGCGCAGAGGACUCCGCACCCAGCAAGAGCGCCAGAGAGAUGCGCUUGAACAGCUUGCUUUUGGCGGCAAGAGACGGCAACUUGGACCGCCUGGAUCUUGGCUCAAGCAUUUAUAGAUCGAGUCAGGAUGGCGCCAACAACUGA